AUGGCGGCGGAGGGCCAGGACACGCAGCGGGAGCCGCAGCGCUCGGAGGAGGAGCAGCGCCGGCGAGACGAGGUGGUGCGGCACCUGAAAGCGAAGGUACUGAAGUACCGGAGCAAGUGCCAAGCGUUGGAGGAGCGGCUGGAAGCACACGGGGGAUCCCUUCCAGGCGGAAGAAAAGCCACAGAAGACCACAGCCUGGAGAAAGUGCUGCUUGAGCUGGAAAAGGAGAAGCUAAGGCGUGAGAGUCUGGCCGAAAUGAACUCUCGCCUACGGGAGCAACUCAAUAGAACGAAUGAGGUUAAUUCAGCCCUCAAAGAAGAUGUUGGAAGACUGAUGGCAGAUCGGAUGAAGGCCCGGAAGGAGCUGGAAUUGAAAGAGAGUGAACGGUGCAGUGAACGUGAGGUAAGUCCAGGCUAUGGGAAUGGUGAACAUAACCGUCUACUCAGCCUGUGGCAUGAGGUGGAAACCUUCCGCCACCACUUCCUGGAGAUGAAGACUGCCACUGACCGAGAUCUGUCAGAGCUGAAGGCAGAACAAAUGAGGCUUUCUGGGGCUAUACUUCUAAACUGCUCCCAACUGAACGCCAAUGUACAGCUCCAGGCAUCCCUCACUCCAUGUAGACCUGUGCUGAAGGACCAGGCACAGCAGCAAACAGGAGAGAGAAUAAACCAAAAGACUCAGAAAGUGAUGUACUUACAUGAGCUGGAGAAGAAGGAACUUCAAGAUAGGGUGGCAGAGCUCUCAGCCUUGCUUGAACAGUCCCAGAGGGAGAACAAGGAGAAGGAGAAGAGGCUGAAAACACUGAAGAACACUGUGGAGUUACAAGCCCUAAGAGAAGAGAUUUAUGCCAAGGACACCACCAUCAACAUCCUGCAGCACAAGCUGAGACAGCAGGAAGAGGAGUGCAGGAGGCUGCAGCAAAGGCUUGAGCAAUUGGAGAAGGAAUGCAAGCCAGCCAGCCCGCAGCAGCGCCUCCAGGCUCUGAGAGAUGCACUCAGAAUGUGA